GAAAGUUCCUGCGAGUGCGGAGGGAGUGGAGGGAGGGUGACGUCAUCUCUCUCAACAUCUCCUUCACGCUGCGUGCAGAGCGCAUUCAAGAUGACCGACCGUCCCCAGUGCGCCUCAUAUUGACGACCAUCCCCGACGACCGCCCCCAAUACGCCUCGCUCCACUCCAUCCUCUUCGGUCCGCAUCUGCUAGUCGGCCUAACAGACGGCGAUCGCCAGCUCAUUCCGGGCUUCGACCCGUCACACCCUGCCACGUGGAUCCGGCCUGUGGACCCCGAGGUGCUCAACCGGCAGCUGAUCUCCCUGUCGCUGUUCGCACCGCCACAUCAGCCACCACAUCAGCUGCCACGUCAGCAGAGACGGGACGGCAAUGAGAGUGCCAGUAGCAGUGAUGAGAACGCUGAGACGUAUGUUGUCUGGCGACGGAGCAAUGAGAUGCAGCCAAUGGCAGGUGGCACACGUGGCAAUCCCUUAGUGGCUGGGCUGACAGGUGGCAGGCCAGGAGAGGGCACAGAGGAGGCCAUGUCAGCAACGUUCAGAGUGAGAAGGCCGGUGGAAAGGAAGGGAGGGGACAAUGGUUUGAUUAUGAAGGGAAGAGGUGAGGAGGAAGAGGCAGGCAAUGGAGAACAGGGAGAGCGGUGGGAGCAAGGAGAGAAGGAGGAUGAGGAGUGGCGGUGGGACAGUGGCGGUGUGGCUGCUCUGAUUGGCCGGGAGAUCUCUCUCGAGCCGCUGGAGAUUCCUGGAAGCUUCCUGGCCGUGGACUGGUGCGGUGGGGGCAGUGGGGGGCGCACAGAGGGGGAGGGGGAGGGGGAGGGGGAGGUGGAGGUGGAGGUGGAGGUGGGUGAGGGAGCAGCAGCAGCAGCAGCAGCAGCAGCGUCAGGGUCAGGUGGAGAGACGCGGAGGGUGGUGUGGCAGACGAGGAGUGAGAUGGACGCGUGCCGGACUGACAUGCUGCAGGGAGGCAAGGCUGAGACGACUGGAGUGAUCGGUGCAUGCCAGGAUGGGCGGGCUUCUGUCUUCCGAGACUGGAAGGGUGCGAGGGGAGCCUCGCGGGAAUUCCUGCUGCUGCCCAUAUCGGAGCUGAGAGAUGAGCGCUAUACCUCCUACUUCAAUGUCACCGCCGCCCCCCCACCCGCUCCGCCCUCUCCCCCUCCCUCUCCUCCCUCUCCUCCCUCUGCUGCUCCGGCCCCCUCGUACUGA